AUGUUCCUCGUUCAGAAUAUUCUCGCAAUUAUCUCCCUGAUAACCAAUGGUUUAUUGAUUUUCCUCAUUAUCACGAAAUCUCCAAAAACUAUGGGAUCUUAUAAAUAUCUUAUGAUAUUUAUGUCGAGUUUUGAGAUUUUGUACGCGCUUAUUGACUUAUUAAUACACCCGAAAGUUUUCACAAUGAAUACAAUAUUUCUAACAGCAAUUAGUGCUGAACGCUCUUUGCUUCCCCUGAAUAUUUCUUAUCCACUGAUGUUGAUAUGGGGCGGAUCGUUUGGUAUAGCUCUUGCCAGUUUUGGGAUCCAUUUUGUUUAUCGUUAUUUAACUGUGACAGGAAACAAAGCAUGGACCACUGGUUACUCGAUUGUCUUAUGGAUUAGUAUUCCAGUAUUAUCUGGAUUCUUCUUCGCUUUUGCCAUUGAUUUUUUCUGGCAACUCAGCGACGUUAUGGAUCACUUUGUGAGAAGGAAACUUGCCGAAUCUGAAAAUUCGGAUAAAAACAAACUAUUAUAUUUUUCAUCAUAUCUUUUUAAAUCAGCGCCAGAUGCAGAAAUAUCAGAAUUGGAUUGGAUGCAAAUUUACGGAAUCAUAUUUCUGUGCUCCUCAGUGAGCAUAUCAUUCUUCACAAUGAUUUACUUCGGGUUAAAAACGUAUUUCGCUAUGAAAAAGUUCCAAGAAACUGUUUCUGGUCCAUCGAAAAAGAUGCAGGCUCAACUAUUUUAUUCCCUAAUUAUUCAAACUAUAAUUCCACUUAUUCUGAUUCAUUUGCCUACUACAGUAAUCUAUCUGAGCUCAUGUUUUGGUUCGGCGUUUCCUGUUUAUGGAGAAUUGAUAACUAUUACAAUUUCAAUGUUUCCUGCAAUUGAUCCAUUGCCAAGUUUGAUUAUUAUUAAGCCGUAUAGACAAGCUAUCAAAGGAAUUUUCCAAAAGCAAUUGAGUCCGAAAAGUGCUUCUGUGGAUCCGUCAAACCGUGGUAUUUCAAAUACAACUAAUCGAGCUGUAACUUUCUGA